ACUAGAACCCGGUGUGCCGACAACAAUUAUGGCGGCUGCCAGUGGCAGAUUUGAAAGUGAGAGGAGUAUCGAAGAGCGAAAAGAACAGACCUGGGUUGCCAGGGCCGAGGUGUUGUGCCAGGCUAAAGCUAACUUUGAAAAGGAAGAAAGGCGUAAAGAACUUAAACGACUUCGGGGUGAGGAUACAUGGAUGCUACCAGAUGUAAAUGAGCGAAUUGAACAAUUCUCACAGGAACACUCUGUGAAGAAAAAGAAAAAAAAAAAAGACAAGCAUUCAAAAAAAGUAAAGAAAGAGAAAAAAAAGAGCAAGAAAGAGAAAUAUGAGAAGAACAAGGAGUCAUCUGAUAGUUCAUCUAGCUCUGAAGAGGAGUGGGUUGAAGCUGUUCCAUCCCAGACUUCUCACCAGGAAAAGGCCUGGAAAGUGAAAGGUGAAAAGUCAGAAAAAGAAGAUGACAGUAAAGUUAUUCAGAGGGAUGAGUGGAUGACUGUUGAUUUUAUGACUGUCAAAACUGUGUCAUCAUCAUCACUUACAGCUGAAAAGGAAACUCAAAGGAAAAUAGAACAGGAGAAAACCCAAGCACUUGAGCAUUCCAAACUCCUGGAAAGAGAAUUGAAUCCAUACUGGAAGGAUGGUGGAACAGGCCUUCCACCAGAAGACUGUGGUGUGUCAUCGGUUACUAAAGUUUCAGGAGUAGAAGAUGGUGGAUUAAGCUGGCUAAGGAAAUCUUACCAGAGAAUGAAGGAACAGGCUGAGAAACAAAAUAAAAAUCUGGAGGACAUUGUAGCUGAAAGAUAUGGGUCUAUGGAAAUAUUUCAGUCGAAAUUAGAAGAAGCUGAAAAAAUUGCAACCAAAAAAGAAGACUAUAGAAGAGAACAGUGGAGGAAACCAGCAUAUUCAGAUAUAACACAAAAUAGUCAAGAAAGUAGAAAAUCAGACUUUGUAAAAUACAAUAAAAGUUCAAAGGAUAGAUACAAUGCAACAGAUAUUGUAAAUUGUAGCAGUAAAGAUAAAUUUAUUGGGGAUGAAAAAGAUAAGAGAUCUGAAUCUUUAGAAACAUAUAGAAGAGAAUCUGUUCCAAGGCAAAAUCGAGAGUUUUCUUUUGGGAAUUUGAGACCUAAAUUCUUAAGACCCUCUGAUGAUGAAGACUUGUCAUUUCACAGCAAGAGCAGAAAUUUUGAACCAUCUCAUUCAUCUACAUCAUGGGCAGCUGAGGGUUCUUUGCAUUGUGGUUUUUGAAAACCUAUCGAAAACAGUGAGAAAACUUUAACAUCAUUGAGUGGAUUUGAUGGAAGUGAAGGAGGCAAGAAACAUUCAGAUCAAAAGCUUUCUGAAAUCAGCAGCAUUGACUGUGGACACAUUUCAGAAGAUGUGAAAGAAAAAUCACACCCUGAAAGUUUGCAAGAUGACCCUCCGAAAAGAGAAUAUCUGCAAGACACAAAGUCUACAUUUGCUGGCUGUGGUCCAGAGGAUGAGUCCAUCCACAUCCUGAGUGUUGAUGAGAAGAACAAGCUGGGAGCAAAGAUUAUCAAGGCAGAGAUGAUGGGGAAUAUGGAAUUAGCUGAACAACUUAAAGCCCAACUUGAGAAGGCAUAUAAAUUCAAAGAAACUAUAACACAGAUAUCAUCAAAAAAACCUGGGGUAGAGAAUGAAGACCAGCAGGAAGUGGUCCUUGUCAGGACAGAUCAGUCUGGAAGAGUGUGGCCUGUGAACACACCAGGAAAUCCUCUGCAAGUGAAAGGAGGAAUUUCAACCCAUGAGGAAAAAGAAAGAGUCAGAUACUUUCAUGAUGAUGAUAAUCUAAGCCUAAAUGAUUUAGUCAAAAAUGAAAAGAUGGGAACAGCAGAAAACCAGAACAAACUUUUUAUGAGAAUGGCAUCUAAGUUUAUGGGAAAAGCAGAUGGAGAUUAUUAUGACAUGUUUGUCUCCAGAGCAGCUGAGAGAGAACGUCUUGGUGAAGAGGAAGAGAAUCAGAGGAAAAGAGCUAUUGCUGAGCAUCAGAGUCUUGCUGCACAAAUGGAAAAAUGUCUGUAUUGUUUUGACAGCUCUCAGUUUCUCAAGCACCUUAUUGUUGCCAUAGGUGUUAAGGUUUAUUUGUGUUUACCCAACUUCCAGUCUCUUACUGAGGGGCACUGCCUGAUAGUCCCUUUGCAGCACCAUAGAGCAGCCACAUUACUAGAUGAGGAUAUCUGGGAGGAAAUUCAGAUGUUCAGAAAAUCAUUGGUUAAGAUGUUUGAAGAUAAAGGUUUGGACUGCAUCUUUUUAGAAACUAACAUGAACCUGGAGAAGCAGUAUCACAUGAUUUAUGAAUGUAUUCCUCUCCCAAAGGAAGUGGGUGAUAUGGCUCCCAUCUAUUUUAAGAAAGCCAUAAUGGAAUCUGAUGAAGAGUGGUCCAUGAACAAGAAAUUGAUUGAUCUUUCUUCAAAAGAUAUCAGAAAGUCUGUACCCAGAGGCUUGCCUUACUUCUCUGUGAACUUUGGUCUUCAAGGAGGGUUUGCCCAUGUCAUUGAAGAUCAACACAAAGGAAUGUUGGAUUUAGAACCAAGACUUUGGAGGAAAGGGAUUCGAGAAAGCUUUGAAGACCAGAGGAAGAAAGCCCUGCAGUUUGCUCAGUGGUGGAAACUGUAUGACUUCACCAAAAGUAAAAAAUGUUAGAGUAUAUCUUUUAGUUUUAAUUCUUCAAAUCUCAUUCAAUUGUAUUUCUUUGUUAUCUAAGUAAACAAGUGAUUCUUAGGUCAUAAGGAAGAAGCAUAAUGGCAGCAGACUUCCCUGGCUUUCUGAGAGCCUUGUUUGUUGGAUUUUGUUAUUUUCUUCCUUACUUGCUCCUGUGAACUUCAUAUUAGUGACUAUGUAUGAGUAAUAGCAGAUAUAUUGGAUAACCUGCUCAAAUUCCUGUUUUGUACCUACUUCUUGGUUCUCCAAGCUAUUCAGUUCAUCUAGAGAUAGGGCUUUUCUGAAAGAAUAUCUAGGAAGUAUGGCAAAUCUUUGAUCUAGAGAAAGUGGGCCUGCUUUAAAAUAGUUGUCUAUUUCCUGGCUUCUUUUGUACUUUUAACUAUAAGACUUGGCAUUUUCAAUAAUAAUUAGAAUCUC